AGUAGUAGUAGUAAUAGCAUUAGAAGCAGCAAUAGUAGUAGUAGUAGUAGUAGUAGUAGUAGCAGUAGUAGUAGUAGUAGAAAUAGUAGAAUUAGCAGUAGUAGUAGUAGUAGUAGUAGUAGUAGUAGUAGUAGUAGUAGUAGUAAUAGUAGAAUUAGCAGUAGUAGUAGUAGUAGUAGUAGUAGUAGUAGUAGUAGUAGAAAUAGUAGGAGUAGUAGUAGUAGUAGUAGUAGCAGUAGUAACAGCAGUAGUAGUAGUAGUAAUAGCAUUAGAAGCAGCAAUAGUAGUAGUAGUAGUAGUAGUAGUAGUAGCAGUAGUAACAGCAGUAGUAGUAGUAGUAAUAGCAUUAGAAGCAGCAAUAGUAGUAGUAGUAGUAGUAGUAGUAGUAGCAGUAGUAACAGCAGUAGUAGUAGUAGUAAUAGCAUUAGAAGCAGCAAUAGUAGUAGUAGUAGUAGCAGUAGUAACAGCAGUAGUAGUAGUAGUAAUAGCAUUAGAAGCAGCAAUAGUAGUAGUAGUAGUAGUAGUAGUAGUAGCAGUAGUAACAGCAGUAAUAGCAGCAGUAGUAGUAGUAGUAGUAGUAGUAGUAGUAGUAGUAGUAGAAAUAGUAGAAUUAGCAGUAGUAGUAGUAGUAGUAGUAGUAGUAGUAGUAGUAGUAGUAGUAGU